AUGUUUCGCCUUGUUCGACGUCAUGGCGAUGUUGAUAUUGUGGUAUUGGUACAUUGUGAUGGACCCCUUCGAUUGGCAAAUAGAUCAACAAGCAAGUUCUCGAAAGGAACGAACACCAGGCUUAGCUUAGGCUUAGGCUUAGGCUUAGGCUUAGGCUUAGGCUUAGGCUUAGGCUUAGUAGGCUUAGGCUUAGGCUUAGGCUUAGGCUUAGGCUUAGGCUUAGGCUUAGGCUUAGGCUUAGGCUUAGGGCUUAGGCUUAGGCUUAGCUUAGGCUUAGGCUUAGGCUUAGGCUUAGGCUUAGGCUUAGGCUUAGGCUUAGGCUUAGGCUUAGGCUUAGGCUUAGGCUUAGGCUUAGGCUUAGGCUUAGGCUUAGGCUUAGGCUUAGGCUUAGGCUUAGGCUUAGGCUUAGGCUUAGGCUUAGGCUUAGGCUUAGGCUUAGGCUUAGGCUUAGGCUUAGGCUUAGGCUUAGGCUUAGGCUUAGGCUUAGGCUUAGGCUUAGGCUUAGGCUUAGGCUUAGGCUUAGGCUUAGGCUUAGGCUUAGGCUUAGGCCUAGGCUUAGGCUUAGGCCUAGGCUUAGGCUUAGGCUUAGGCUUAGGCUUAGGCUUAGGCUUAGGCUUAGGCUUAGGCUUAGGCUUAGGCUUAGGCUUAGGCUUAGGCUUAGGCUUAGGCUUAGGCUUAGGCUUAGGCUUAGGCUUAGGCUUAGGCUUAGGCUUAGGCUUAGGCUUAGGCUUAGGCUUAGGCUUAGGCUUAGGCUUAGGCUUAGGCUUAGGCUUAGGCUUAGGCUUAGGCUUAGGCUUAGGCUUAGGCUUAGGCUUAGGCUUAGGCUUAGGCUUAGGCUUAGGCUUAGGCUUAGGCUUAGGCUUAGGCUUAGGCUUAGGCUUAGGCUUAGGCUUAGGCUUAGGCUUAGGCUUAGGCUUAGGCUUAGGCUUAGGCUUAGGCUUAGGCUUAGGCUUAGGCUUAGGCUUAGGCUUAGGCUUAGGCUUAGGCUUAGGCUUAGGCUUAGGCUUAGGCUUAGGCUUAGGCUUAGGCUUAGGCUUAGGCUUAGGCUUAGGCUUAGGCUUAGGCUUAGGCUUAGGCUUAGGCUUAGGCUUAGGCUUAGGCUUAGGCUUAGGCUUAGGCUUAGGCUUAGGCUUAGGCUUAGGCUUAGGCUUAGGCUUAGGCUUAGGCUUAGGCUUAGGCUUAGGCUUAGGCUUAGGCUUAGGCUUAGGCUUAGGCUUAGGCUUAGGCUUAGGCUUAGGCUUAGGCUUAGGCUUAGGCUUAGGCUUAGGCUUAGGCUUAGGCUUAGGCUUAGGCUUAGGCUUAGGCUUAGGCUUAGGCUUAGGCUUAGGCUUAGGCUUAGGCUUAGGCUUAGGCUUAGGCUUAGGCUUAGGCUUAGGCUUAGGCUUAGGCUUAGGCUUAGGCUUAGGCUUAGGCUUAGGCUUAGGCUUAGGCUUAGGCUUAGGCUUAGGCUUAGGCUUAGGCUUAGGCUUAGGCUUAGGCUUAGGCUUAGGCUUAGGCUUAGGCUUAGGCUUAGGCUUAGGCUUAGGCUUAGGCUUAGGCUUAGGCUUAGGCUUAGGCUUAGGCUUAGGCUUAGGCUUAGGCUUAGGCUUAGGCUUAGGCUUAGGCUUAGGCUUAGGCUUAGGCUUAGGCUUAGGCUUAGGCUUAGGCUUAGGCUUAGGCUUAGGCUUAGGCUUAGGCUUAGGCUUAGGCUUAGGCUUAGGCUUAGGCUUAGGCUUAGGCUUAGGCUUAGGCUUAGGCUUAGGCUUAGGCUUAGGCUUAGGCUUAGGCUUAGGCUUAGGCUUAGGCUUAGGCUUAGGCUUAGGCUUAGGCUUAGGCUUAGGCUUAGGCUUAGGCUUAGGCUUAGGCUUAGGCUUAGGCUUAGGCUUAGGCUUAGGCUUAGGCUUAGGCUUAGGCUUAGGCUUAGGCUUAGGCUUAGGCUUAGGCUUAGGCUUAGGCUUAGGCUUAGGCUUAGGCUUAGGCUUAGGCUUAGGCUUAGGCUUAGGCUUAGGCUUAGGCUUAGGCUUAGGCUUAGGCUUAGGCUUAGGCUUAGGCUUAGGCUUAGGCUUAGGCUUAGGCUUAGGCUUAGGCUUAGGCUUAGGCUUAGGCUUAGGCUUAGGCUUAGGCUUAGGCUUAGGCUUAGGCUUAGGCUUAGGCUUAGGCUUAGGCUUAGGCUUAGGCUUAGGCUUAGGCUUAGGCUUAGGCUUAGGCUUAGGCUUAGGCUUAGGCUUAGGCUUAGGCUUAGGCUUAGGCUUAGGCUUAGGCUUAGGCUUAGGCUUAGGCUUAGGCUUAGGCUUAGGCUUAGGCUUAGGCUUAGGCUUAGGCUUAGGCUUAGGCUUAGGCUUAGGCUUAGGCUUAGGCUUAGGCUUAGGCUUAGGCUUAGGCUUAGGCUUAGGCUUAGGCUUAGGCUUAGGCUUAGGCUUAGGCUUAGGCUUAGGCUUAGGCUUAGGCUUAGGCUUAGGCUUAGGCUUAGGCUUAGGCUUAGGCUUAGGCUUAGGCUUAGGCUUAGGCUUAGGCUUAGGCUUAGGCUUAGGCUUAGGCUUAGGCUUAGGCUUAGGCUUAGGCUUAGGCUUAGGCUUAGGCUUAGGCUUAGGCUUAGGCUUAGGCUUAGGCUUAGGCUUAGGCUUAGGCUUAGGCUUAGGCUUAGGCUUAGGCUUAGGCUUAGGCUUAGGCUUAGGCUUAGGCUUAGGCUUAGGCUUAGGCUUAGGCUUAGGCUUAGGCUUAGGCUUAGGCUUAGGCUUAGGCUUAGGCUUAGGCUUAGGCUUAGGCUUAGGCUUAGGCUUAGGCUUAGGCUUAGGCUUAGGCUUAGGCUUAGGCUUAGGCUUAGGCUUAGGCUUAGGCUUAGGCUUAGGCUUAGGCUUAGGCUUAGGCUUAGGCUUAGGCUUAGGCUUAGGCUUAGGCUUAGGCUUAGGCUUAGGCUUAGGCUUAGGCUUAGGCUUAGGCUUAGGCUUAGGCUUAGGCUUAGGCUUAGGCUUAGGCUUAGGCUUAGGCUUAGGCUUAGGCUUAGGCUUAGGCUUAGGCUUAGGCUUAGGCUUAGGCUUAGGCUUAGGCUUAGGCUUAGGCUUAGGCUUAGGCUUAGGCUUAGGCUUAGGCUUAGGCUUAGGCUUAGGCUUAGGCUUAGGCUUAGGCUUAGGCUUAGGCUUAGGCUUAGGCUUAGGCUUAGGCUUAGGCUUAGGCUUAGGCUUAGGCUUAGGCUUAGGCUUAGGCUUAGGCUUAGGCUUAGGCUUAGGCUUAGGCUUAGGCUUAGGCUUAGGCUUAGGCUUAGGCUUAGGCUUAGGCUUAGGCUUAGGCUUAGGCUUAGGCUUAGGCUUAGGCUUAGGCUUAGGCUUAGGCUUAGGCUUAGGCUUAGGCUUAGGCUUAGGCUUAGGCUUAGGCUUAGGCUUAGGCUUAGGCUUAGGCUUAGGCUUAGGCUUAGGCUUAGGCUUAGGCUUAGGCUUAGGCUUAGGCUUAGGCUUAGGCUUAGGCUUAGGCUUAGGCUUAGGCUUAGGCUUAGGCUUAGGCUUAGGCUUAGGCUUAGGCUUAGGCUUAGGCUUAGGCUUAGGCUUAGGCUUAGGCUUAGGCUUAGGCUUAGGCUUAGGCUUAGGCUUAGGCUUAGGCUUAGGCUUAGGCUUAGGCUUAGGCUUAGGCUUAGGCUUAGGCUUAGGCUUAGGCUUAGGCUUAGGCUUAGGCUUAGGCUUAGGCUUAGGCUUAGGCUUAGGCUUAGGCUUAGGCUUAGGCUUAGGCUUAGGCUUAGGCUUAGGCUUAGGCUUAGGCUUAGGCUUAGGCUUAGGCUUAGGCUUAGGCUUAGGCUUAGGCUUAGGCUUAGGCUUAGGCUUAGGCUUAGGCUUAGGCUUAGGCUUAGGCUUAGGCUUAGGCUUAGGCUUAGGCUUAGGCUUAGGCUUAGGCUUAGGCUUAGGCUUAGGCUUAGGCUUAGGCUUAGGCUUAGGCUUAGGCUUAGGCUUAGGCUUAGGCUUAGGCUUAGGCUUAGGCUUAGGCUUAGGCUUAGGCUUAGGCUUAGGCUUAGGCUUAGGCUUAGGCUUAGGCUUAGGCUUAGGCUUAGGCUUAGGCUUAGGCUUAGGCUUAGGCUUAGGCUUAGGCUUAGGCUUAGGCUUAGGCUUAGGCUUAGGCUUAGGCUUAGGCUUAGGCUUAGGCUUAGGCUUAGGCUUAGGCUUAGGCUUAGGCUUAGGCUUAGGCUUAGGCUUAGGCUUAGGCUUAGGCUUAGGCUUAGGCUUAGGCUUAGGCUUAGGCUUAGGCUUAGGCUUAGGCUUAGCUUAG